UCGACGGCCGAGCGAGUCGUGAACGACGCGACGCGCGACGCGACGCGCGCGCGGACCGAUCGACGCGGCUCGAGCGUCGUCGAGUCGGAUACGCGAAAAAGCGACGCGCGAACGAAAAGAUGCGCGUCGCGGGCGCGCGCGCGCGCGUCGUCGCGAGCGCGGGACGCGCGGGACGCGACGGGCGACGCGCGCGGACGCGACGGGCGACGCGGAGGGGCGAGGAUCGGGCGACGCGGGCGACGAAUGAUGAUUUUCAAUUUGACCCGAGCGCGCUGCCGACGUUCGGCGGCGGCGGCGCGAGCGCGCCGAAACCACCGGGGGGGGGGCUGAUCGUGCCGGGGAUGGAUGGAUUCGACGCCGACGCCGUGGUGGUGCAGAGGAACCCGAUGAGCGGGGGGGCGACGACGGCUGGGGAGCGGAAAGGACCGGCGGGGGUGAUUCCAAAGGUUGGCGGCGAGUUGCAGGGGGCGUACGAGCCGUUCAAGCCGCCGGAGACGUACGAAGCGGCGAAAGUGAGCGAGGAUGAGAACGACCCGGAGAGAAUGAUGAUGCUUAUGCGACAGCGCGCGGGGAUGUGGUUCACGCUGGCGAAAUUUAUCAGACCGUUGCAGGCGAAGGGGAUGACGUCGACGGACAUCUUCGACGCGACGGGCAUCGAACCGAAGGAACAGGCGACGUGGGUGGUGUGGUUGCAGUGCUACGCGAGCUUGAAGGAAGGGUUAGAUUUCGACAGCACAAAGCUCGAGUAUUUCCACGAUGAAUAUCGCGGGGCGCCGAACUUGUCGCAAAUUAUGUACAUGCCCGCGGCGACGCGCGCGGCGGCGGCGACGUUCGUCGUCGACAACGAAUUUGAAGAAACACAAACGCGCGAAUUGGUCAAGGCGUACGAAAUUAAAUCCGCCAACGUUCGCACGGUGGCGGCCAGAGAUUUCAACGACACGCCGGGGGACAUUUUGGCUUACAAGCUCUAUCGCGACAUUCUCGAGUUGCAGCGGUACCAGGGCGAGGAGGAGGCGCUCAAGAUUUUCGAACGCGGUAUGCUGUACGCCGUCACGGAAAAAGCCAAGGCGCGCAUGGCGACGGCGGUGGAACUGUUUAAGCGCACAAAACUGGGCGAAGGCGGCUCGCUCGCCAACGGUGAAUCCGACGAAGGCGCUCGCGAGGCGGAGCUCCAAGUCGUUCGCCUCGAGGAAGCCGAGUUCCUAUUCAUCCCGAUGCCAGUCAUCGGAAACUUGAACAAGGUCACCGCCGCAAAGGUUCGCACCGCAGGUGUUCUCGAGAACACCGGAAACAUCUUUGGUGUGUUCUCGCCGCAGGCCAACACCGAUUGGGUGGCGUUGCCGAAGUGGGAUCUGUUGCUCCAAGCCGUAGCGCCCUUCGCUUUGUUCAUCGACGACACGUCGCAGACGGACAUCGAGGGCGUCAAAGACAAGGCCGAGCCCGGUUUAUUGAUCUCCGAUAAAUCCGACAACUCACCGCGCUUCGGCCAGUAUUAUCUCGUCGCUAAGACGUCCUCGCUCGUCUUGGCUGGAAGCAACGCCGCCGCGGAAACCGUCUCCGUCAUGGAUGGUAAAGACAUUUUACAGUCCGAGCGUGACGGUAAGAAGAUUAAUACGUUGGCCCGCGUUUUGCUCUGCGUCCGCGCACCGUCUCGCGGUGGCGAUGGGAUGUCGGCCGAAUUCGUCGGCUAGACGAACGCACCAGCGCACCGCCUCGGUCGAAACGCCGCCUCGAUUCUU